AUGUCUGUUACUAAACUUGAUUGGUCUGCCGACGACAUCACCGAUGCUGCAAAGGGGAUUCACGCUCUGCUGAGGAAUCUAGAAUGGCACAAAGAUGCCAAAAGGAAACACAGAAAAGAUUUCGAGUAUUUGCAGCACUGCCUGCUACCAAAGCUUCGUCUGAUUGGAGGAUAUGUCAAAGACAUUGAUGAUAGCGAGGACCAUCCACGCAAAGCGGAGUGGAACGCUAAUCUGAGAACUGUGAAACGCACCUGGCAGAAGUUAAAAGACUAUCUCAGCAGCCGAAACGGCCUCUUGCCCGAGAGCCUAAACCGCGAUCGCGCAGCUGGCGGUUUGCCAUGGUCUUGGGAUGAGCUCUCGGCUCAGAUCGAAGGAGCUAGGCGGGAAGUCAAGGAUACUCUGGACGACAUGGACAGACUCAUUCUACUUGAGAUAUGCGAGAGGUUUGGCCUCAUCCUGCCGAGAUUGGACUCUAUGUUCCAGAAGAUCGAAGAUUAUGGUGAAUGCAUGUCGACAUACCGCAAAGACGUCCAGGAAAUCCUCUGCUCCAUCCGAUCCAAUAAGCAAGAUUUCAAGUCCCUCAAGAACCUGUUUCAAGGGAGCAUGGCCGAUCUCGCCCACAAGAUCAGCAACAGCCAAAGUGAAACCGAAGCCAUCAAAUCGCAGCUGCAAGCCAUGUCGGAAAAGCUGGAGCGCUUGCUCGCCCAGCUGGCAGAACAGCGCGGGAACUGCACGACCAAGACCGAAAAGAGGUAUCUAGACCAGCUACGGAAGGAAGUCGAAAAGCAAGCCGCCUCCGUAGCGCGUCUGAGAGUGUCGGUCGACGAGACCAUGGGCAUUAUGGCCGAGUUCUUGCACGCCUUGGACAAGCUGGAUUUCAGAAAGGGGAUCUCGCAUCGCGCCUCGGGCGCGUUUACUGACAUGAACGACAUGCUGAGCAAGACGAUAUCUUCGCUGGAAAGACUCUACGAAAGCUUGACGGGACAGACCUUCCACGUCCCGUUCAAGAAGGCGAAGCUCUGGAGAAGGGUGAGGUCGACAGGUGUCGCUCCCUCAGCUCACGACAACGGCGAGUCCCGACAUGAACCAUUGGAUUUUCAGCCGAUUCCCGCGAGAGCGAUGGGUGGCGAGGACAACGACCCUGCAACUUUUGGUACAGGCGUCGAGAAUCAGCCCGCUGGUUCGAGCAAAUCCGCAGAUACAGCGUUGUUAGAGACCACCAACUCUAUGUCCACCUCCACGAUCGUGGCUCUCCCAGCUCCUCCCUCCUCCUCCGGCCCGAAAUCUUCAAGAAUCUCGAUUCAAGACCUGACCAUCCUGCUCACCCGUGCUCCUGAAUCGAUGUCGGCAAGUCCGACGGCCUUCUCGAGCUCUUCUCCUCCUCCUCUUCCGCGCAAAUCUUCAGCCCGGAGAUCGUACCAGUACGUGCUCCGCACGCUGUCUCCGGGCGGCCAAACGCGACCUCCCCCCGUGCCUGCCAUUCCAGCAUACACGGCUACUCCACCACCAGCGCCAGCACAAUCAUCAGCAUCGUCAUCAUUGUCAGAGGUAGAUUUCCCGUCUCCUCUAUUCUCGGCGCUGCCAUCACGACCUCCGUCCAUCGACGCCGGUUCGGCCCUGGACAUCACAGCUUCGCACGCUGCCGGCACCACUAGCACUGCGACCGCCAUUACUGCUGCGGGGAGUGAAUCUGCCAAGGUGCCAUCACUGCUCGCCCAACUGGAGCGGCGGUACAGCCUGACAGUCGUGACUGCGUCUACUUAG